UGGCACCCUGCCCGUCGACAACUUCCACCAGCUGUCGCCCAUCAUGGCGAGUUCUGGCACAGGUGACUGCACCUUGGCGACCUGCCCGGUCGAGGAGGGCUGGCUGUCCAGCCCCCCACCGGUGGAGGGCACGGCUUUCCUGCUGGCCGCGUUCGCGACACUGGUCCCGGUCAACCUUUGGAUCGGGGCAAGAAGCAGGACGGCUGUGUACAGCUUGAGCUUGAGCUUGGGUCUCCUCCUGGAGGUCCUGGGGUACUCCGGGAUGCUCCUGCUCCGGCAAAACCUCGCCAGCAAGUCUUUCUUCGUCCUGUCUCUGAUCGGGACCGCUGUGGGCCCGACACUGAUCACGGCCGCCAUCUACGCCAUCCUGCCACACAUCUUGGCCAUCUACGGAAGCGAUCUGAGCAUACCGCUAGAGCCCCUCUGGCUCAACUACUUUUUCCUCGCGUUUGACGUCUUCACCAUUGCGUUCCAGGUCGUGGGCUGCGUCUUUGCGGCCGGGGGACACAAUAGGGUCGAGAUCCAACAGGGUGUUAACGUGCUCAUUGUUGGUUUCGCGAUCCAAAUCUUGAGCUUGGUGGGGUUCUUUGGAUUAUACUUCUGGUUUAUGUCUCGGGUAUUCCGCCAUCGAGAGAUCCUCGAUCCUCGCUUUUGUAGCGUCUACCUGUCCGCAAGGUUCAAGACGGCGCUUUUGUUUACGCAACUCGCUUUGGCUCUGAUCCUCGCACGGACGGUCGCCCGAAUAAUCCAAAUAUCCGGCGGCCUAGCUUCGGCUUCGUCCCAGUCCCACACCUUCACCCUCGUGCUCGACGGCGCCCUUGUCCUCGUCGCGGCUAUAAUAGUCACGGUAUUCCCGCCCGGCCCAACGUUUGGUCGGGCGUGGGGCACGACAUCACCGUCCAAGAAGAAAGCCCGGCGCCAUCACCUCGCACACCUUAAUCAUCCCGCGCAGCGGAGCCCUGGGUCGCCACUCCUCACUAUGCGCCCCAGCCCCGCCGCAUCACCGAACGAAUAUCGGUUUGGAUAUAACGCUGCCAACAACAACAACAACAACAACAAAGAGCCCCGCUCGCCGCCGCCGUCCGUCACCACGGACGCAGGCUCGAUGGGGCAGUCGGGCCUUUGCGGAACCGGUCGCUACUCGCACAGACGGCAGGCGGCUGCGCAGCCGAUGGGCGCCGCGGCGCCGCCGCCGUAUGAGAGGCCGCUAGGCAACAUUACUCGCGUGCCGUUCGUGCCGCCCCGGGCCCUGACACUGAGCCAGCAGUAUGGAAAUGGUCAGAUUGUGGAGUCGGAGGUGACGAUCGCGCAUGGGAGUGAUGGGUCCAAGACGGGCGGGUCUGCCGGCUCGGGCGGAGGGCCCAGUGGGAGGACAAGGACGAGGAGCUCGCCGCGGAGUGGGGACGCCAUGGUGCAGCAUGACUCUAUCUGGUAACGGCGUUGGUGAGCCGGUGGUACGGGAGCACCUGGCACCCGGCCUCCUCGCAUCGGAGUCCACGAGUUCUUUCUAUAUCCGAUUUCUAUAUCCGGAUCGGCAUGGAGCAGUGUUUUGGCCGGCCUUUUUUUUUGUCUUUUCUUUUCUUUUUUUUAAACAGGCGUUGUAGGCUUGGACUCGGUGUUGAAGCGUUUCUUGGUUACUCAGAUCGAGCCCGGGGGUCUUGUAGGCCCAGAAGGGAGGCUUUGUUCAGAUUGGUAGUAAUUCCCUUCGAGGCGGCCCAAUUUCAUCAUGUUGAAA